UGCACAAAGUUUUUUCGGACGGCAGCGCAGCAAGUUUAGUUCAAGAGCACGGGGAAGAAAUGGCAAACAAGGUUCUAACCACCUGCAUUUUCCUGGCGUUUGCUGCGCUGGCUGGAGCUAAUUCCGGCGACGGUUACCUGGAGCCCACGACGGCGACACCCCUGGAGUGUGAUGCGGCGAGGGGAGCCUACAACGACUUGGUUGGAGCGACUGAUGAAGCCAACGACGCAGUGUACAAACGGCUGAGGGAUGCCAAUGGUGGUGGGGCAUGUCGUCUCUCCAAGACUUGCUGUAGCUCAGUGGCAGAGCAGAACCUGUCGACCUCAGCAGUGGCUGAAGUGCGGGAGACGGUGGCUGACAUUUGGGACCAGAGAGCUAGUUCUUGCAACAGCUCUACAUUCAAAGAGGCGCUGGCUAUGUUCAUUGAAGACAGCAAGGUUUCGUUGAUUCAAAUAUUGACAGAGGCUUACUUUGGAUUCUUCACUCGGCCGGAACUGUUCGAUGAGUUCUACGGCUAUCUCCAACAGGCCGUCUGGACAGCAAACACGUGCGAAAUUGCCGUCGAAUUCGACAAACUGUUUUUCAAAGUGUUUCUGGCAGUCCUCGAGGCUGAUCCUGGAGUCGACACCACAGUCUAUCCUCUGAACGACCACGACUUCAACGUCUGUAUGUACAACUAUUAUGUCGGCGUAACUGCCGAAGACACGCACGCACGUUUCAUCGCCCUCACGCGGAGUUUCAACCGGACAAUGUACUACAUCCGAGCGUUGAACACAGCCGAGGCUUUCCUCAAGGCGGUGGCAGAGUUGGAGCUAACGCCGCAGUGCAGACAAGCUCUACUGCGAUCCAGUUACUGCGCCCAGUGCAGCGGACUCCCAUCUCGUGCCAGACCCUGCCUCGACCUCUGUCUGAACACGAUGCGGGGCUGCCUGGUGGACUACUCCGACCUCUACGAACCUUACCGCAGGUUCACAGAGGCUGCCAUUCAGAUGAAAGAGUACCUCAAUUAUGAAGUCAACCCUUUCACUCACGUAGAUCAGCUGACUACCGGGUUCCUUGACGUGACGACCAACAUACAACAGAGUAGUCGGACUCACCACGAGUCGAUUUUGGUCAGCUGUUUGAACGACAGAGGUCGUCGGGAGGCAGCUGGAAGCCACACCCACCCUCUCUACCCUCGCUCCCUCUUUACCCGAUCCACGGUUGCCCCACCCUCCGAGGUCUUCAAUAGCUCCGCCUACUGUCACCUGGAACUGGCUCUGCUGUUCAAGACGGUCCCGGACUUAGUAUGCGAGGACAUGUCUGAAUCCCAGGACAGCCAGUCGUGCUGGAAUGGAGACUCACUCAACAGGUACGAAAAACAAGUUUUUGACUUCACUCGCGCAGAGCAGCAAGAAAACCCUGAAUUGUUUGUGUGCCCCAUCCUCCCGGGAGGGGUCAGAGUUCAACUAGCCUAUCUGGAGAGGGUUACCCAGGAAAUAAAUAUCAUUAGUAGCAGCGAGGCAUGUCCAGAGGAUGAUGAGGAUUGUCAAGUCAACGAAAUGAGAUGCAACUACAAUACCUUCAAGCCAGUCUCAACAGAGGUGGACCCUCCAAUUACCUCAGACGGCGAAGACUCUCGACUCCGUGGGAGUGGGUGUGGCUUAGACAGGGAGUCUGGGUUUGGUUCUGGAUCCGGGGAAUGCGAUACACCAGUGGUGGAUCAGGUCCAGGAAUGCCUCGCAGAUCCUUUCGUCCCGACUACAACCAUUGCUCCAUCGAGUACCGUCCAACCGACACCAUCUGCGACGUCUUCCCCGGUCAUCUCUGCCUCCCCCUCGCCAACAAAGGAGCCCCCCAUCGUUAUCGUUCCGGCAGGCUGCCCGUCUCUCACCCCCUCCUCGCUGGUCCUCCUCCUCUCCCUCCUACUCUCAGUCGCAGUAUUACAGAGUGUGCUAUAAUUAGAGUCAACUCCACCAGACAUUCACUCAUUCAGUGUUUCCCUCCCGUCCGCCUCCUCUCUUUCUCACUCACUCCCAUUUGCCUUGGGCAACAGUUUUUCUGAAUUAUAAUUUAUUCACUUUUGUAAUUGCAUACUCUGUGUCACUGUGCCGUUGGUUUCAACGAUGAUGUCACCCCAUUUGGAGAGUAUUAUUAUCCCCUGUUUCCCUGUUUGUUAAUAAAAUGAUGUUUUCUGUCCUGCAGCACAACUUAACCAGCAUAAGAGUAAAACUAAAACUUGGAUAACCUAUGCACAAUUACCUGUGCGUGUGCGCUGAGGAUUUGCACUGUAGUGCUUCUCAAUUCAUGUGUAUGUCACUGUAACUACACAAUAACCGAAAUGAUGA